CAAUCCCCCCAUAUGAUCAUCAAACUCCAAACCUUCUCUUUAGAGCUUAACUUCGAUUUUUGUUCAAUUACAAUGGCGACUCUCUCUUCCACCUUAGCCCUCUACUUCUCCUUCACACUCCUCUGCUUCAACCUUAUCGCAGCCUCUUUUUCCCCCAUCGAUCACUACCUCAUAAACUGCGGGUCCCAUGAACCUAAAACCGUUGACUCCGACCACCGCCACUUCACCGGCGACUCAACGAUGUCGUUUCUUGCCUCCACUGAAACGAUUUCAUUCACUGACGCAAACCCAAGUUCUAAGUCUUCUCCAAUUUACCACACCGCUCGUGUUUUCACGCGCCCCUCUAAGUACAAGUUCCUUAUCAAGAACCCUGGUACUCACUUGGUACGUCUCCAUUUCCGGCGAUUAAUUAGCAGUGGUCUUGAUUUUAGUAAUGCUAAAUUUCAUGUCUUGGCAAACGGGUUUGUGUUAUUUAACAGUUUAAGUAUGGAAAUGGGUCAGGAUCUUGAGAUAAUAAAGGAUUAUGUGAUUGGGGUAGAUUCAGAUGUGCUUGUUAUCAGCUUUGUGCCCAUGGAUAAGUCAAAAUUUGCAUUUGUAAAUGGGAUUGAGGUUAUUUCUGCUCCUAAUGAUUUGAUUGCUGAUGUGGCUCAGUAUGUAAGUUUUGAUAAAAAUGAGCAAAUUCAUGGACUAUUGAAGAAUGGGUUUGAAACUAUGCAAAGGGUUAAUGUUGGUGGUUGGAAAGUUACUCCUUUUAAUGAUUCAUUGUGGAGAACUUGGAUUGCUGAUGAUGAAUAUCUCAAGUCUAAUGACGGGUCAUCAAAGGUUCACUUUGGUGGCCGUAUAAAUUAUCAAGAUGGUGGGGCAAGUAGAGAGGUUGGUCCUGAUAAUGUUUAUAAUUCUGCUCGAGUUAUUAGGAGUUCGGGUGAUUCAGUCUCCAAGUUGAAUAUGACAUGGACAUUUCCGGUGAUUGGAGGGUACAAGUACUUGGUUAGGAUGCACUUCUGUGAUAUAGCUAGUGUUGCGCGUGGGAUGCUAUUUUUUAAUGUGUAUGUGAAUGACAAUUUGGCCUACGAAAACUUGGAUCUUACGUCAGUUACGAAUGGGAUGCUGGCUUCUCCUUUCUAUGCUGAUGUUGUAGUUGAUGGAGAUAGUUCUGGUGUUUUGACAUUGAGCGUUGGGCCAUCGAAUAUGAGUCUGCCACGUGCUGUAGAUGCCAUUCUGAAUGGGGUUGAGAUCAUGAAGAUUAAUAAUUCUGUGGGUAGUUUUGAUGGUGAGAUUUGUGCUCAUUCUGUCUUGAAGAGUUGGAAGAAGGGAAGUGGUAGCUUUUAUCCUAUGCUAGCUGCUGUCUUCUUGCUUCUGAUAGCAUUUGUGAUUAUGCAUCGGAGAAAAGCUGGGGCUACUGACUCUGGGACCUGGUGGAGGUUACCCACCGAGAUUCCUGAAGUUAAUAUGAAUUACAGCAACCAACUGUCAUCUAAUAAGCUGUGAUGAUUCUGAAAUAAGAUUAAGAAGAUAUCUUAAUUUUCACUACUUUGAAACCUUUAGGGUUGCCUUUAGCACGGAGUUCAGUUGUCUUGUACUGUAAGUAUUUAUAUUUAUGUAAUUAAAAGCAAAAUUACUGUUUUAACAGAAUUUGUUUUUGAUUUUCCACUAUUUGAUGUUUUCUGUGUGCAUCUAUAUCUUAUGUUUUAUGAUUUAACAUUCAGAAAGUGAAGAUUCUGAGGCUAUUAUCUUUGUAAACUUGUUGGCAAAUUCAUAUUCAAUUUAUUGGUAUUGUACUAUUGUAUGCUUCGAAA